UGAAGCGGGAGCGGCCAAAAUGAAAUUUAAUCCCUUUGUGACUUCCGACCGAAGCAAGAAUCGCAAAAGGCAUUUCAAUGCACCUUCCCACAUUCGCAGGAAGAUUAUGUCUUCCCCUCUUUCCAAAGAGCUGAGACAGAAGUACAACGUGCGAUCUAUGCCCAUCCGAAAGGAUGAUGAAGUUCAGGUUGUACGAGGACACUAUAAAGGUCAGCAAAUUGGCAAAGUAGUCCAGGUUUACAGGAAGAAAUAUGUUAUCUACAUUGAACGGGUGCAGCGGGAAAAGGCUAAUGGCACAACUGUCCAUGUAGGCAUUCACCCCAGCAAGGUAGUUAUCACUAGGCUAAAACUGGACAAAGACCGCAAAAAGAUCCUUGAACGGAAAGCCAAGUCUCGCCAAGUAGGAAAGGAAAAGGGCAAAUACAAGGAAGAAACUAUUGAGAAGAUGCAGGAAUAAAGUAAUCUUAUAUAAAAGCUUUGAUUAAAACUUGAAACAAAAAAAAAAAAAAAAA